AUGCCAACCCAAAAAGUAAACAAGACUAGUAGACAACAUACGGAGAUGAAUUCAUCUGAAUCUUCGUCAUCCAAGAAGGAUCAACUCCACACGACAGUCAACUUUGGCCUUGACUUCGUGGCGAAUAUAGCCGAGGGUGCAGAUGUACUUGCUCCUCUCAAAGCCGCCAGUCGAGCAACCAAAUCGAUCCUUGAACUCAUGCAGGCGAACAACAGCCAAGAAGACUGGGUCGACCUAGUACGACGUCUAGAAGGAUACACCUCCACACUCAAGGAACAGAUCACACUGUUUGAAACAUAUUCUCUAGAGGAUAGAACCAUCAACGAGGCGCUUCGUAGGUCGCUCAUCCAUUACUCCGAAUUUUUGAAAAAUAUGCAUACUACCGUCGUUGGUCUGAAGGAGAAACGCGACCGUAGCAAACUAAGCUUCUUUAAAGCGAUCGGAAAGGUGAAAAUCGAUGCAGAAGAGAUUCGGAAAUUCAACCGGGAUAUCGAGGAUAGGCACAGGCAAUUCAUGAACGCGUUGGGUGUUCUGAUCGCACUACGAGUCCAAGCCGUAGAGCAAAAAAUCGACGCCGCUACUAUUCUCCAGCUGCCGACCGUAGCUUUCGACGCGUCGUCAGUCCAUAAUACGUGUCUGAACGGAACUCGCGAGACAGUUCUUCAGAUGAUCUCGCGUUGGAGCGAUGAUGAUACGUCGGACAAGCCUAUCUUUUGGCUCUGCGACAUAGCCGGCUCUGGGAAAUCCACCGUUGCCAUGUCCGCAUUGGAAAAAUGGCGAGAGAAGGGAAUGCUGGGUGGCCGAUUCUUCUUCUCCAUAGCAAGUAACGAAAGGUCUUCCACCGACAGGUUCUGCUCGACAAUAGCAAGGAACCUUGUGCACUACAUCCCCGAGCUCACAUCCUCUAUUGCGGAGGCUGUGAAGAGGAACCCUUCUUUCAUGCAAAGCUCGCUUGAGGAACAGUUCAAGAUGUUCGUUACUGGUCCUCUCCAUAGUCGGCAAGAGGCCGUCAUCAUUGUUGUUGACGCUGUUGACGAAUGCAAGUCCGGAUCACAGCGAAGAAAACUUCUCGAAACCCUUUCUACGGCCGUUCGAGAAUGCAAGAAGAUAAAGAUAUUCAUGACCAGCCGGCCGGAUCCUGUCAUAGAGGCGGUAUUAGGGUCACUGGCAAUCAAAGCUAAGCUGGAAGACCGCCUCCAUGAUGUCAAAUAUCGUGAUAAUGUGGACGACAUCGCGAUAUAUGUGAACCAAUCACUAGAUGGACUACUCUCCGUCGACAAGAAGCAGCGAUUGGUCGAGAAAGCCGAUGGGUUAUUCAUCUGGGCGAGCACCGCAUGCCAGAUGCUCACUAGUGACACCAGUUUAAGCUCACCUGAGGACAUAUAUGAACGUCUAAUUUCCAUGGACGAUAGUGGUGUGAUAGACGACGUAUACGACCUCGUCUUCGAGCGUACAGACCCUCGACACUACACUAUCUUAGUACGCGGAAGUGCCAGUGCGAUAGUCCAGAGUUUGGGAAGCGUACUCACGAAGGAUUCGACUACAAAUCUUAUCCAAUUCCGGCACCCUACCCUCGUAGAGUAUCUUGGACGCUGUUGCUCCAUUGCUCCUAUUCCCAAUAAGUGCAAAAGAAUCUAUAUUGAUAUCGCCAAUGCACAUGGUCAAGCUGCAUCGUGGUGCGUCAAAUGCUUCAAGUCCCAAGCGGAAGGUCUCAAGUUCAAUAUAUGUCAAAUCGAGUCAUCUUUCGACCUCAAUAAAGAGAUCCCCGAUCUUGACACCAAGGUAUCAACGUUCAUUUCAAGACGUCUUCGAUAUGCCAGUUCUCAUUGGCUAUUCCACAUCGCAGAGACGAAUAACAACUGGAGAUAUACCCUCAAAGAAGAAGUUCAAUGCAUUAUUCGAUCUCCAUACGUGCUAUACUGGAUGGAAGUUCUGAGCUUCACGGGAGGAAUAGCACGAGCCAUCACAGGUCUUCGAGCUGCUACUGGCCACAUAGGACUAAAAGAGGAUACUAAAACCAGUAUGACCGAGGUACAAAGGUUUAUUAUGACCUUUUCGGUGCCUAUUCAGGACAGUGCUCCGCAUAUCUAUAUCUCGGCUUUGCCAUUUAGUCCUAAGAGUUCAAUACUGCAUAAAGAUGCCCUGCAUCAGUACCCAAAUACUCUUACCGUGGUCCAAGGGCUUGACGACGAGUAUCCUAGAUUUCCCAGAAGUCUUCGAGGCCACCAAGGCCCGGUCCGGGCUGUGGCAUUCUCGCCAGACGGAUUAACCAUUGCCUCUGGCUCGUACGACAGGACAAUUCGAUUAUGGGAUGCAACCACUGGUCAGCCACUGGGAGAGCCGCUCCAAGGCCAUAGUGAUUCAAUCUGUGCUCUCGCAUUUUCACCAGACGGUUCAAAAAUUGCCUCUGGUUCGUGCGACAAGACGAUUAGACUGUGGGACCCAGUCGCUGGUCAGGCUCUGCGAGAGCCACUCCGUAGUUAUCGUGGGCGACCUGUGGCUAUCGCAUUCUCUCCAGAUAGCUCACGUAUUGUCUCUAGCUGGUCCGGAGAGGUAAUUCAACUGUGGGAUGCGGCCACGGGCCGAUCUGUAGGAAAGCCACUGGAAGGUCACAAAGGUUGGAUCUGGGCGAUUGCAUUCUCUCCGGACGGAUCACAAAUUGCCUCUGGCUCUUCCAACCAGACGAUCAGAUUGUGGGAUGCGGCCACUGGGCACCCGCUCGGACAACCACUCCGGGGUCACAAAGAUAUAGUUAUUGCUGUCGCCUUCUCACUUGACGGCUCGCAAGUCCUCUCUGUCUCUACUGAUAAUACUAUCGGACUGUGGGAUGCAGUGACCGGUCAAUCACUGCGAAAAUCAACUCUAGGUCGCGAGUGCUCAUUCUGGGCAGUCGCAUUCUCCCCCGACCGCUCGCGAAUCGUGACUGGUUCACCCGACCAAACAGUUCGAUUGUGGGAUGCAACCACUGGUCAGCCAUUGGGAGAACCGCUGCGAGGUCACGAUGAUGGAGUGAUUACCGUCGCGUUCUCCCCGGAAGGUUCGCGAAUAGUCUCUGGGUCGACAGACAAGAUGAUUAGAUUGUGGGAUGUGGUCACUGGCCAACCUUUGGGAGAGCCACCCCUAGGGCAUGAAGAUUGGGUCUGGGCCAUCGCACUCUCACCAGACGGAUUGAAGAUCGCCUCUGGUUCGACGGACAAGACGAUCCGGUUAUGGAACGCGGUCACUGGAGAGCUGUUUGGAGAGCCGAUCAGAGGCCACAAUGAUUCAAUCUGUACCAUCGCAUUCUCUCCAGACGGGUCGCGGAUCGUUACUGGGUCAGAUGACAAGACGAUUCAGUUGUGGGAUUCGCGCACCGGUCAUUCGUUGGGAGAGCCACUUCGAGGCCACGAAUCUUCUGUUUGGGCUGUCGCAUUUUCUCCAGACGGCUUGAGAAUCGUUUCUGGUUCUCCUGAUGAGACGAUUCGAAUGUGGGACGCGGUCACGGGACAAUCCUUGGGAGAGCCAGCCCGUGGCCAUAAAGGUGGGGCCCAGGCCGUCAGAUUUUCUCCCAAUGGUGCACAGAUCGUCUCUGGAUCAUGGGACGGGACACUUCAACUUUGGGACCCUGCCUCUCUACGACCUUUGGGAGAGGCCCUAAUAGGUCACGAAGACUCAGUAUGGGCUCUUGAGUUCUCACCAGACGACUCGAGAAUCGUUUCUGGCUCGUCUGACGCGACGAUUAGAUUGUGGGAUGCGACCACCGGUCAGCCACUGGGAAGGGCCCUCCGCGGUCACAAAGGCACAGUUAAUGCCGUUUCAUUCUCGCCAGACGGCUCGCGCAUUAUAUCUGGCUCUCAUGAUAGCACAAUCAGAUUGUGGGAUGCAGUCACUGGUCAGUUGCUGGGAGAGCCACUCCGGGGUCAUGAAGCCUCGGUCCGGGUCGUCGCCUUCUUGCCAGACGGUGUAAGAAUUAUCUCUGGCUCGGAUGACAAUACGGUUCGGGUAUGGAAUACGGGGUCUUCUGCACAUGGGAAUCACUCUAGCCACGAUGGCAUAGAGCCUAUGCAUCCUAGUUCAAGGGAUAUUUUAGGCGGGAUUGCUCUUGAUGUCCUUGUCCCUGGAUUCGACCAGUGUACACUUUUGCAAGAUGGCUGGGUUCAAUCUUUGGGUAAGCGUCUCUUCUGGGUACCACCAGACAAUCGACACGGACUGGAGUACCCGCGCCUUCUUCUGACCAUGCCGACGUCGACACAGCCGCUACGGAUAAUCUAUCCAAGGGGGACAGACGCUGAACGCAUCUUGGAACCAUCCGCUUUCAAGAUGUCAACCCAAAAAGUAAACAAGACUAGUAGACAACAUACGGAGAUGAAUUCAUCUGAGUCUUCGUCAUCCAAGAAGGAUCAACUCUACACAGCAGUCAACUUUGGCCUUGACUUCGUGGCGAAUGUAGCCGAGGGGGCAGAUGUACUCGCUCCUCUAAAGGCAGCCUGUCGAUCAACCAAAUCAAUCCUUGACCUCAUGCAGGCGAGUUGGCAAAUUGCCGCUGCGAUAGAUAGCAACCAAGAGGACUGGGUUGACCUAGGACGACGUUUAAAAGGCUACAUCUCCACACUCAAGGAGCAGGCCACAUUGUUUGAAACAUACUCUCCAGAGGAUAGAAUCAUCAAUGGGGCGCUUCAGGCGUCGCUCAUUCAUUACUCCGAUCUUCUUAAAAAUAUGCACACCACCGUCGAGGGUCUGAAGGCUAAACGCGGCGGUAGCAAACUAGGAUCCUUUAAAGCGAUUGGAAAGGUGAAAAUCAGUGCCGAAGAAAUUCGAAAGUUCAACCGAGACAUAGAAGACAGGCAUAGGCAAUUCAUGAACGCGUUGGGUGUUUUGAUCGCAUUACGUGUCCAAGCCGUCGAGCGGAAAAUUGAUGCCGCUACUAUAUUCCAGCUGCCAACUGUAGCGUUCGACGCUUCCUCAAUCCAUAAUACGUGUCUGAAUGGAACUCGCAAGGCUGUUCUCCAGAUGAUAUCGAGCUGGGCCGACGAUGAUACAUCGGAGAAGCCCAUAUUUUGGCUCUGCGACAUAGCCGGCUCCGGGAAAUCCACCGUUGCCAUGUCCGCAGUGGAAAAAUGGAGAGAAGAGGGAGUCUUGGGUGGUCAAUUCUUCUUUUCCAUAGCAAGCAACGAAAGAUCCACUACCGACAAAUUCUGCUCGACCAUAGCAAGGGACCUUGUCCAUUACAUCCCUGAUCUCAUAUCACCCGUUGCUGAGGCCGUGAAGCAGAACCCUUCCUUUAUGCGAAGCUCUCUUGACGAGCAAUUCAAGAUACUCGUCACCAGUCCUCUCCGUAGUCGGAAACAGCGCGUAGUCGUCGUAGUUGACGCUGUUGACGAAUGCAAGUCUGUAUCGGAGCGACGAAAACUUCUCCAGGUUCUUUCUAUGGCUGUUCAAGAGAUCAGAACCUUCAAGAUAUUUAUCACCAGUCGGCCAGACCCAAUAAUCGAGGCUGCUUUGCAACCGCUCUCGAUCAAAGCAGAGCUAAAGGACCGUCUCCAUGAUGUCAACCAUCACGACAACAUCGAUGACAUCGCGGCCUACGUACAUCAGUCCCUAAAUGGGCUCAUAUCGCAGGACAAGAGGGAGCGAAUCAUCGAAAAGGCAAAUGGCUUGUUCAUUUGGGCAAGCACCGCAUGCCGAAUGCUUCGGGACGAAACAACGUUGGACCUCCCUGAGAUUAUAUAUGAUCGCCUGAUCUCAGUGGACAAGAGUGGAGAGAUAGACGACGUAUAUAGGCUCAUCUUUGAGCGCAUAGACGCAAGAUCCCGCACUACGAUGUGUAGCAUGCUCGCUUUGCUCCUUGUAGCAUUUGAGCCGCUCACCGUCGACGACUUGGAGGACCUUCUUAAGCACGCUGGAAUAGGAGGAAGUGUCAAGGCGUUGGUACAGAAUCUCGGAAGCGUGCUUAGCGAAGAUCAAACUACUAAGCUGAUACACUUUCGUCACCCCACUCUUGUUGAGUACCUUCGACGCUGCUCCGUCGCAAAAGACGUCAAGAUUCCAAACCAGAUAUACAUUAACGUCGGCGAUACGCACGGUCAAGCGGCCUCGUGGUGCUUGAAAUGCUUCAAGUCACCAACCGAAGGUCUCAGAUUCAACAUGUGCCAAAUCGAGACCUCCUUCUACCUCAAUAAGGAUAUUUCAGACCUUGAUCUCAGGAUUCCGGCUUCCAUUUCGAGAAAACUUCGCUAUGCCAGUAGUCAUUGGUUAUUCCACUUGGCGGAAACCGAUGAUGGCUGGCGUUCCACACUCAACAACGAAAUUCAGCGUGCUAUCCAAUCCCCAUACGUGCUUUAUUGGAUGGAGAUCCUGAGCCUCACCGGUGGGGUACCACGAGCGAUAUCCGGUCUUCAAGCCGUUACUAGCCAUUUACGCAUGGACGAGAGGAUUAGGAGCCACAUGACAGAGAUUCGACGGUUCUUGAUAGCAUUUUCGGUGCCCAUUCAAGACAGCGUUCCACACAUCUAUCUUUCUGCACUUCCUUUCACUCCUAGGAGCUCAAUACUGCACAAAGAGGUUCUAAUAGGGUAUAAAAAUACCCUAUCUGUGUCUCAAGGGGUUGAGCCAACGUAUCCAGAGUUUCCCAGAAGUAUUCGAGGGCACAAAAGCACCGUCGAUGCCAUCGCCUUCUCACCAGAUGGCUCCAAAUUUAUCUCAGGUUCGGGAGAUAGGACGAUCCAAUUCUGGGAUGCGUACACUGGCCAGCCAUUAGGGGAGCCACUCCGAGGUCACGACAGUGCUAUCACUGUCAUCGUAGUGUCACCGGAUGGCUCUCGAAUCAUCUCUGGUUCAUACGAUGGGACGAUAAGCGUGUGGGACGCAUUCACCGGGCACCCUCUUGGGACAUUUCGAGGACAUAAGGGCUCAGUCCGGGCUGUCGCAUUCUCGUCUGGUGGCUCGCGAAUUGUUUCCUGCUCCAGGAGGAAUACAGUUAAAAUAUGGGAUGCGUUCACCUUUCAGCUCUUGGGAGAGCCAUUUCAAGGCUCCAAACGCCGGGUCUGGGCCGUCGCGUUUUCACCAGACGGCUCUCAAAUCUUCUCUGGGCUGGAUGAUAAGACGAUUGGGUCGUGGGAUGCGCUCACAGGCCGGUCGUUAGGCGACCCACUCCGAGGUCACGAUGACUUGGUCUACGUUAUCGCAUUCUCGCCAGAUGGAUCGCGAAUCAUCUCUGGAUCGAAUGACAAGGCAAUUCGGAUAUGGGAUGCAGUCACCCACCAACCGCUGGGAGAACCGCUCCGAGGUCACAAUGGCUGGGUUAACGCCCUCGCAUUCUCGCCAGACGGUUCACGAAUUGUCUCUGGCUCAUCUGAUAGGACAAUUCGAUUGUGGGACUUCCAUAAUGCAAAGCCUUUGGGAAAGCCGCUCCAUGGUCACGAAUACUCGGUUCAGGCCGUCGUGUUCUCACCAGACGGCUCGCAAAUAGUAUCUGGCUCAUCUGACGGGACGAUCCGGUUAUGGGAUGUACUCACUGGACAGCCUCUGGGAGAGCCGCUCCAAGGUCAUGAAUGGUCGAUCCGCUCCGUCGCUAUUUCGCCCGACGGCUUGCGAAUCGUCUCUGGUUCGAAAGGCGGCCCUAUUCGAUUGUGGGAUACAGCAACAGGUCGGUUGUUAGGAGACUCACUCCACGGUCAUACAGAAAGGGUUAAUGCGGUCGCAUUCUCACCAGAUGGCUCAAUCAUCGCCUCUGGCUCGCAUGACAAAAUGAUCAUACUGUGGGAUGCGGUCACGGGAUGCCCUUUGGGAGAGCCACUUCGUGGUCAUGACGGUGCUGUUCGGGCCAUCUAUUUCUCGCGAAACGGCUCGCGUAUUGUCUCGGGCUCAGACGACAAAACAAUUCGAUUAUGGGACUCCGCCACCGGAAACCCCUUGGGAGAGACACUCCGGGGUCAUGAACACUCAAUUCGCGCCAUUGCCUUCUCGCCAGACGACUCACUCAUAGUCUCUGGUUCAGAAGGCCACACAUUGCAAUUAUGGGAUGUUCACACCGGUCAGCUUUUAGGACAACCACUUCGAGGCCACCAAGGCUGGAUCAUGGCUGUUGGAUUUUCGCCAGAUGGCUUACAGAUAGUCUCUGGCUCUGUCGACAAUACAGUUCGGCUAUGGGAUAGAGCCACUGGGCAGCCAUUAGGAGAGCCACUUCGAGGCCAUGAAGGCGCAGUCAUGGGUGUUGCGUUCUCUCCAGACGGGUCGUGCAUAGCAUCUGGCUCAUGCGAUAAGACGAUUAGAAUAUGGGAUUCAGUCACUAGACAGCUUCUACGACAGCCACUUAGGGGCCAUGAUGGAUGGAUCCGAGCGAUAUCAUUCUCUCCAGACGGCUCACGAAUCGUCUCUGGAUCAGGUGACAAUACUGUCCGACUAUGGAGUACGAAGCCCGCAGAUUCGAAUGGGAAUGACACCAACCAUGAUAACAAAGAUCUUGCACAUUCAAAGUCUGGAAAUACUCUAGAUAUCUUCUCGAUUCGCAUCCUCGUUCCCGGAUUCAGUGGCUGCAUACUUUCGCAGGAUGGCUGGGUGCGAUCUUUCGGCAUGAUUCUCUUCUGGGUACCUCCAGAAAACCGACAUGGGCUCCAAAAUCCGCAUGCUUUGCUGACCAUACCAACGUCGAGUCCGUUGCGAGUAACCAGGCUUGAUUUCACCCGUUUCCAAUGCGGGCCCUCUUGGACAAACGUUCGAGCAAAUUUCAACUAG